UUGAAAUCUUGAAUCACAGAAAAGCUUUCUCCUGCAGUGUGUAAUACGAAGAUGCUUAGACCAUCUCCGCCGUUAAUGGCGGCUCAGCUUCGGAUCCUACUUCGCCGUCGUUACUUCUCUUCACCACCACCACCGCCGCCGCCGCUACAAUCAAUCUAUCGCCACCAGCGAUUUCUCAACCCACAAAAACCCUCAAUCCCUAAACCCUACUCCCUCUUUAUCCCAUUUUCCCUUUCUUUCUCUAAAUUCUUCUCUUCACAGACCCAAAUCGAGACUUCACUUCAAGAUUCACUAGACAUUGCCCAAACGCUCUCGUAUGAACUCCUCAAAGACCCAAAUGACCAAUCUCUCCCUCUCAAUCAGCGUCUUGACCUAAGCUUCUCUCACAUCACUCUCACAUCAACUCUUAUUCUCAACACACUCAAUCUCUCCUCCAAAUCCGGACGCACUGCUCUCGAUUUUCAUAAAUGGGUAUCUGAAAGAACUGAUUUUAACCUAACUGACGAAAGUUUGGCUCAUUUUAUCGAUUACUUCGGUCGGCGUAACGAUUUCAAAGCGACCCAUGAAGUUCUUGUUGCCAGCAAAGGGGUUUCGGGUGUUAAAACAUUUGAAUCAUCUAUAGAUCGUCUGGUUAGAGCUGGUAGACCAACACAAGUUGUUGCAUUUUUUGAUAAGAUGGAGAGUGAUUAUGGGUUUGUAAGGAAUAUGGAUUCUUUAAAGUUGAUUGUUUCUAAGUUAUGUGAACAUGGGUUUGCAAGUUAUGCUGAGAAAAUGGUUACCAAUGUUGCUAAUGAGUUUUUCCCAGAUGAGUUUAUAUGUGAUACAUUGAUUAAAGGUUGGUGUGUUGAUGGGAAGCUAGAUGAAGCUAGAAGGUUGUCACAAGAGAUGUACAGAGGAGGGUUUGAGAUUGGUCCGGUAGCAUAUAAUGCGAUUCUUGAUUGUGUUUGUAAGCUUUGUAGGAAGAAAGAUCCCUUUAGGCUUCAAUCUGAAGCAGAAAAAGUGCUAAUUGAUAUGGAUGUUGCUGGGGUUCCAAGAAAUGUGGAAACUUUCAAUGUUUUGAUUACGAAUCUGUGCAAGAUUCGCAAGACUGAGGAGGCGAUGAAUCUUUUCGAUCGAAUGGGAGAAUGGGGGUGUCAUCCUAAUGAGGAAACAUUUCUUAUUUUAAUCAAGAGUUUGUAUCAGGCUGCAAGAAUCGGAGAGGGAGAUGAGAUGAUCGAUAGAAUGAAAUCUGCCGGAUUUGGGGGUGCACUCAAUAAGAAGGUGUACUACGAGUUUCUCAAGAUUUUAUGUGGAAUCGAGAGGAUUGAUCAUGCUUUAACGGUUUUCGUAAAGAUGAAGAAAGAUGGUUGUGAACCUGGGAUCAAGACUUACGAUCUUUUGAUGGGAAAACUCUGUGGUCAUGGCCGUGUUGAUAAGGCAAACCUUCUUUUUAAAGAAGCUGAAAAGAGGGGAUUAGCAGUCGAACCAAAAGCGUAUAAAUUGGAUCCAAGAUUCAUUAAGAAACCGGCAGCAGUGAAGGAGAAAAAGCGGGAGACUUUGCCGGAGAAGAUGGCACGAAAGAGGAGACGGCUUAAGAAGAUCAGGUUGAGUUUCGUGAAGAAGCCGAAGAAAGCGCAAAGGCGGGCUUAUUGAGCAUUUUGAUAUCGGUAUAAUGAUCUUUAUUAUAUUGAAUAUUGCUAUAUUCUGCUUGUUGUUUUUGUCUUGUUGGUUGGCAAACAUUAGAACACACAGUUUUUUGAUCAGAAAUAAACUCUCAAAUAGGUUGAAA